GCUUUCUUCUUUAUUGAUAUUGCGUCAUGUAUGUGAUGUUUACGUGUAAUUUUUUCAAGAAUGGAUUAGGGUUGUAUUUCGUACUUAAUCCAAAUUUUAGUUCAUUCCAGCCCAAAAAAUCCUUGGCUCACCUCUGAUAUACAUUUCCUUGAUUAAGAGACAACCUCACUUUUUUUUCGCGACACAUAUAGACACAUGUAGUUGAUUUUUCGGAUGCCAUUCUUGAUGAUGAAUAAGUAUUUAUUGUCCUUUUGUCCUAGACAAGAUAAUGAACCGAGCAGAUCAAGUACAAUUUCACUUUCGACUUAUUUCUAGUAAAUGAAAAUUCAGUGUGCGAAAUUCACAUAUACCUGUGUACCUGUGGUAAAAAGAAACGGCGAUCUUUCAAGUUUUGUAGCUUAUUAGUUCUGUACGAUUUUAACGAAUGAUGUAUUUUCAGGGCAUUUCAGACAAAUCUUUGACUAUAAUUUGUCAAAGAUUUAUAGGAUUUGCUGUGAAUGAAAGUUUUAUAUUGCGAUUGUAGUCAAGCGUAUAGUUGAAAGCUGCAAGCAUAGAGUAUACUCAUGAAAAGCCUUGACUACUUUAUCGAUGUACUUAUCAUUUCUUUUUUUAACUUUUGUUCAACCCUCAUUUUUGCUGUGCUUGCCAAUAAUAAAUUACCGUGACUAGUUAAGAAAUAAUUUUAGAAUUGGAAACAACGUGUUCAAAAUAAUGGUGAUAUUCGAAGAGACCAUUUUGGAGCACACCAUCAAUAUUUAGUGGAGGCCAGCUCACAAGCGUAGAACAAAACGCUUUUGGACAAGCCAUUGAAUGGAGUAUUAUCAAAACCUUUAUUUCAAUAAAGUGAUAAUGGUUUUGGUGUUGUCACAUGCUGCAGCUUAAACAAUGUGCUCCAAUUUGGUCUCCGUUUACAUCAAGUGGAGUUUCAUGGCUGAAAUGACGAUCUAUGUGAAGAAACUUGGACGAAAUGUUACAGGGCGAGAAACUGGUUCAAACAAACAGACUGCAUCUAAAAGCUGCGCAUUGUCUCUUGUCCGACAAUUGUAUCAUCUUGGUAUUAUUGAAGCGUUCAGUGGAACGUUGAAAAAAAACAAGGAAAGUGAAAAUAUGAAGCCAUAUCCGGUUAAAAUUGCACCUGAAUUGGAAACGCAGGUCCUUGAGGUUUUAGAAAGUCUCGAAGUUGCCCCAAUUAGCAAUUUUAACGAACCGCAGACUCAAUCGGAAAAUUCUGGAGAAAAUGCAAGUGUACCAGGUGUAUCGUUAAUAACAAAUCAGGUCUUGGAUGACUUUAUAUCUUCGAAACCGCAACCAGCUGGUGUAGUCAGUUGGUCUCCGCCUCAACCGAACUGGAACCCAUGGGUUGGAUGUAACAUUGACGAAGGGCCCUUGGCCACAAUUAGUUUGGAUAAAAUGUCUGAGGACAUUAUGCUGGAUCAGAGAGAUCGACUUCAGCAGGAUACGACUCUUCAAAAGACUAUACAAGAAAGAUCUACCCUUCCCGUGUUCGCCAAACGGAAUGAGAUCAUGGCGGCAAUUAAUGAUAACCCAGUUAUUAUUAUCAGGGGUAAUACCGGUUGUGGUAAAACUACGCAAGUUUGUCAGUUCAUUCUGGACGACUACAUAUCUUCGGGUCAAGGCGCGUAUUGUAGUAUAGCCAUCACGCAGCCGAGACGAAUCUCUGCUGUGUCUGUGGCAGAUCGCGUAGCAGUCGAACGUUGCGAGCCGAUCGGCCAAGCUGUCGGAUAUUCUGUGAGGUUUGAAUCCUGUCUACCCCGACCUUAUGCCAGUAUGAUGUUCUGCACAGUUGGAGUACUCUUGAGGAAAUUGGAAGGUGGUCUCAGAGGUGUUUCUCACGUGAUAGUUGACGAAAUUCACGAACGUGAUGUCAAUUCCGACUUCGUUAUGGUCGUUCUUCGGGAUAUGAUACACAUGUACCCUGAACUAAGAGUAAUAUUGAUGUCAGCUACUAUAGACACCACUUUGUUUAGCGAAUACUUCAACAAGUGUCCUGUUAUUGAAAUACCUGGAAGGGCAUAUCCUGUGCAGCAAUAUUUCCUCGAAGAUUGCGUUCACUUAACUAAUUUUGUGCCACCUGCGGACACGCGAAAGCGGAAAAAUCGCGACUCUGAGGAUAUUCCAGGAGAUGGAGACCAAGAGGAAAACUACAACAAAAUUGUCAGUGGAAACUAUUCUAUUCAGACGAAAAAUGCAAUGGCACAAAUGAGUGAAAAAGAAAUCAGCUUUGAACUUAUAGAAGCUCUUUUACAAUAUGUCAAAACUCAGAACAUUCCUGGAGCUGUACUGAUUUUCUUACCAGGAUGGAAUUUAAUUUUUGCUUUAAUGAAGCACCUGCAGCAACAUCCAGCUUUCGGUGGCUCAAGUUAUAUCAUUAUUCCGUUGCAUUCACAACUGCCACGUGAGGAUCAACGCAAAGUAUUUGAUCCAGUGCCGACAGGUGUCACAAAAAUAAUUCUCGCUACAAACAUUGCUGAAACUUCCAUCACCAUUAAUGACGUUGUAUACGUCAUAGAUUCCUGCAAAGCUAAAAUGAAGCUCUUCACUUCGCACAACAAUAUGACUAACUACGCAACUGUAUGGGCUAGCAAAACCAACUUGGAACAACGGAAAGGUCGAGCGGGUCGAGUAAAACCUGGAUUCUGCUUCCACUUAUGCUCUCGUGCGCGAUUUGAAAAAAUGGAUGAACACAUGACUCCGGAAAUGUUCAGAACGCCUUUGCACGAAUUGGCACUCAGCAUAAAGUUGUUGAGACUAGGAAGUAUUGGACAAUUUUUGUCAAAGGCAAUUGAACCACCACCGCUUGACGCAGUCAUCGAGGCGGAGGUAAUGUUGAGAGAAAUGAAGUGUCUGGAUGCCAAUGAUGAACUAACACCUCUCGGAAAAAUCUUGGCUCGUUUACCAAUCGAACCGCGCCUAGGAAAAAUGAUGAUUCUCGGAUGUAUAUUCAGAAUAGGUGAUGCGUUGUCUACAAUGGCAGCGAACAGUACAACAUUCCCAGAAGUCUAUAAUAUGGGCCCUGACAUGAGGAGACUUUCUUAUCAGCAAAAGUGGUUCGCUGGAGCCAGAUACAGCGAUCAUGUGGCUAUGCUGCACGCUUUUCAAGCGUGGGAAGAAGCUAGAGGUGGCGGAGAAUACGCAGAACAGGCCUUUUGUGAUUCAAAGAAUUUAAGCUUACCCACGCUUAGGGUUACUUGGGAGGCCAAGAAUCAACUCCAAGCUCUCUUACAAAGUACUGGUUUUCCCGAAGAAACAUUGUGUCCGACGCCAUUAAACUAUCAGGCUGGUUCAGACGUUCGUCUUGACACGAUUACUGCGCUGCUAUGCAUGGGCCUCUAUCCAAAUGUUUGUUUUCAUAAAGAGAAGCGAAAGGUUCUGACAAUGGAGUCCAAGUCUGCAUUGAUUCACAAGACAUCGGUUAAUUGCAGUAACUUUGAGCAAAAUUUCCCGUUCCCAUUCUUCGUCUUUGGCGAGAAGAUUAGAACUCGGGCUGUUUCCUGCAAGCAGAUGACAAUGGUGUCGCCUAUUCACUUGCUACUAUUUGGUUCUCGCCGAGUAGAAUAUGUCGAUGGCGUAGUGCGACUAGACAACUGGAUAAACUUAGAAAUGAAACCAGAAACAGCAGCGGCUAUUGUUGCGCUAAGACCAGCCUUGGAAAGCUUGGUAAUUAGAGCCAGCAAAGAUCCAGAAACUAUUUUGGAGCUAAGUCCUGUCGAAGAGAAGGUAUUGGUAGUGAUCAAGGCUCUUUGCGGGAUGAACGCCUGUCGUUUUGAAAUGGAUCAGAUAACUGGCGGAGGCUUUCAAUCUCGCAGACCACCGAGAGGACACUCAACCGGCUUUGGUUCUGGAGGAGGUAACAGACCGCCGCCGCCUAAAAUGAUGCGCGGAGGUGGUUUUCAGGGAGAUAGAGGCGGGGGUUUUAGUCACGGCGGAGGAAGCAAUUACGGUGGUGGAGGUGGAGGCUAUGGUGCUCCGGGACGUAGUGGGUACAAUGGCAGAGGAGGAGGUGGUUUCAGAGGCAGAGGAAACUGGGGCAGUGGAUACCGUGGCGGAUAUUAAGGAGUUAUAAUUUAUCACAGUCCAAUGUUGAUUACUUAAUUUUAAAUCAAGUCAAGCGUUAUCUCGCGAUAAUGGUGAUAACGUUACGAUUUAAGGCACAUUGUCAAAGUAGGUAAUUUAUAAUCAGGCAGUGAGUGCUUAUGUCACACUUGAUGUAAUUAAGUUAUACAUGAGGUUGAAUCGUUCCGAAUAAAGAAAGUCAUUCGAAACAA